GUGUGCUGCUGCCCCGCGACGCCCGGACCCUCUUCGUGUGCGGGACCAACGCCUUCAGCCCCGUGUGCCGCACGUACCAGGCGCUGACCCUGGAGCAGGAGGGCGAGGAGCUGCCCGGGCAGGCGCGCUGCCCCUUCGACGCGCGGCAGAGCAUCGCCGCCACAUUCGCUGAUGACCGCCUGUACUCCGCCACCGUGGCCGACUUCCAGGCGAGCGACGCCGUCAUCUACCGCAGCGUGCGGGGCCCGGCGCUGCGCAGCAUCAAGUACAGCUCCCGCUGGCUGCGGGAGCCGCACUUCGUCCGCGCGAUGCCCCACGGAGCCCACGUCUACUUCUUCUUCCGUGAGAUGGCGGCGGAGCUGGGGCUGCCGGGGAAGGUGCCGGUGUCGCGCGUGGGCCGCGUGUGCCGCAAUGACGCGGGGGGGUCCCCGCGGGUCCUGGAGCGGCGCUGGACGUCGUUCCUGAAGAAGCGGCUGCAGUGCGCGGUGCCGGGGGACGUCCCCUUCCACUUCGAUGUCCUGGAAGCCGUCACGGCGCCCCACACUCUGCACGGGCAGCCCGCGGUGCUGGCGGUGUUCGGGACACAGCGCAACAGCAUCCCGGGCUCGGCCGUCUGCGCCUUCUACCUGGCGGACGUGGAACGCGCCUUCGAGGGACCCUUCGCCGACCCCCGCGGCGCCGCAGCCCCAUGGCCCCCAGUGCCCGAGGGACGCGUGCCCCGGCCCAGACCCGGGUGCUGUGCAGGGAUGGGGUCGGCCGCUGCCAUUGUCACCUCUGGGGACCUUCCCGACGAGACGCUGUCCUUCGCCAAAGAGCACCCGCUGCUGCACGGGGCGGUGGCACCCGCCGGGGGACGGCCCCUCUUCACCCAAACCGGCACCAGGCUGACGCAGCUGGCGGUGGAUGCGGGCGCGGGGCCGCGGGGGAACCACACGGUGCUGUUCGUGGGCUCGGAGGACGGGCGGGUGCUGAAGGUGCUGACGGCCGCAAGACGCCCCGGGGACAACGGGCAGCGCGGUGACACUGCGGGACAUGGGGACGACAACGGGGACGGCGGGGACGGCGGCACUGAGGCGGUGCUGCUGGAGGAGAUCAGGCUGUACGAGGCCGGGAGGUGCCGGGGGCCGCGCGGCGCCAGCCGGGUGCUGGGGUUGGAGCUGCACCCCAAAGGCCGGGAGCUCUUCGUCGCCUUCUCGGGGUGCAUCGUGCGACUGCCCCUGAGCCGCUGCGCCCGGCACGGGCAGUGCCGCCGGAGCUGCCUGGCGGCGCGGGACCCCUACUGCGUCUGGCUGCCCCCCGGGGGCUGCGUCCCCUUCUCCGAGGACCUCCCGGACGGCUUCGAGCAGGACGUGGAGGGGUUCAGCGGGCUGACGGGGACCUGCCCAGGUGCAGCGUCUGCAGCGGAUGGGGACAAUGGGGACAACGGGGACGUGGCCCACGGGGUCCGCGGAGCAGAGCCAGUGGCGGCGGUGCCGGUACCGGUGCUGGUGGGCUGCGUGCUGGGCGCCUUUGUACUGGGAGCACUGGUGGCAGGACUGGGGGCCGCCUGCACCCGCCGUCCGGCAGCACCCAAAGGUGCCCCCGAGCCCCCCAGCCCGUGCCCCCCGCCCGCCCCACGCCUCUACCCUGCGCUGCCGUCCCACGGGGGGGCCUGGGACCCGCACCCUGAGCCGCCCAGCCCAGAGCCCAGCCCGGAGCCCCCCACCAGGACACCCCGGGGGCUCAGCGCCCCACAGCCCCCCGGCCCGGGACCCCCACUCGAAGCCACCCUGGAGGGCUCGGGGGCUGCGGGGUGGCCGCUGCCCCCCCCCGGCCCCAUGGCCAACCGGGUGCAGCCGGGAUCAGCCCCGCUGGCCCCAUGGGACGGAGCCCCCCGGCGUCUCGACGUGCCCCCCGAUAGCCCCCCCCCACCGCGCCGGCCGCUGGCGCAGAGACACUCCCUGGGGGGGGCAGCGAGGCCGCCCGGUGCGGUACGCGGCCUCACCCGCAUGCACUCAUUGGGGUCACCGGGGGGGCCACCUCCGUGGGGUCCCCAUGCCAUCCCCCUGCAGCGCUCGCUCUCCAUGAAGCCCCCCCUGUCUGCAAAGCCCCCGCUGCCGCCUAAACCCCCCCCGGUGCCCUGAGCCCCUGCGGGGUCCUCUGUGCCAUGGGGUCAUGAAGGGCACUGUGGCCAAUCCCCACCCCCCACCUCCAGGUGACAAGUGUCCCUAUAGCCCCCCAGCUGUACCCCCACCUCCCCCCCCGCCGAUGGGGUCCCUCGUGUCCCCACACCCCAAGGUGACAAAGCACCGCCUGUCCCCACCUCCCCAUCUUCCACUUUUUUUCUCCCCCCUUUCUAAUUUAUUCAGUGCUGUGGGAGCUGUGGGACCCCCCUGGGGGGCAGGGCUGGGAGCCGGGUUCGUCCUACUGUGUAGGGCAAUUAAAACUGUGUAGGGCAAUUAAAGAGACAAUCAGUGCACCCCA